ACACUACUUGGAUAGGAAAUCUCUCUCUAGUAGACCUGAGAGAAGAAUUAGACAGUGAGAACUCUGUCAUGAGUGUCAGGCUUGUCGAGAACCUCUUGAGCUGCCCCGCACUUUGCACGCCUGGCAUGGCACGUGCAAGACCCCUUUCCGCCGUUCAGCCUGAAAGCUCCAUGGCUGAAACCUAUGACGCAGUGACCCGCAGCUGGACCAAUUACAGGGCUCUGCUUGCCUUAUCGACAUCUUUCAGAGGUGUGACCAGGGCUUAUCGGCCGAACCAACCCACCAGUAGCUCCCGUCGGAACUCCCCAUGACGAUCGCAAAACAAGCUUCCCAUCCCUUUUAUUGCUUCACGAUCCAAAAAGGAGGUCUGAGUUCGUCAUCGGUUCAACCCGCUGCCGCUAUAAGUGUAAGAACUCUUGCUGGACCCUUUUGAGCUCUUCACUGUGUUCAGGAUUCUCUCAGAAGCCAACACCGCAAUCUACAGCAAGCCACAAGACCAGGACCCCGCAACCCCUCCAUUGAUUAUUGUGAUAUAGAGCUUUUCAAUACCAGCAACCAUGGGCCAACAGGAGAAAGAACCAGAGGUCACGGUGGAACAACUCCCAGACCUCCUUGCCAACGACAAUGCUGUCAAGCUCGCCGGUGUCGAUGUUGACGGCCAGCUCCGCGGCAAGCUCGUCUCCAAGAAGAAGUUCCUCUCGAUUGCAAAGAGUGGCUUUGGCUUCUGUUCUGUCAUCUUCGGCUGGGAUAUGCACGAUAUGACUUAUGUGCGCGAGCUCAAGGUCAGCAACAAGGAGAAUGGAUACAGGGAUAUUAUCGCAGUGCCGGACUUGCAGAGCUACAGGCGCAUUCCAUGGGAAGACAAUGUGCCGUUUUUCCUGGUCAGCUUCUUUGAUCCUGAUACGAAGAAUCCCGUUUCUGCGUGCCCGAGAGGUCUGGUCAGGGCGCAACUCGAGAAGUUCAAGACGAUCAAUGUCGGAGCCAUGGCGGGAGCCGAGUACGAGUUCUACCAGUUCAAGAGCCCUUCCAACAACCAAAACGAUAACUUGACCUCUGGUACCGCGGCAUUCUUGCAACAAAACCCGCCACAUAGUCUACCCGCUCUGACUGAAGGCAUGUUUGGAUACAGCUUGACGAGACCGGUCCACAACAGCGGGUACUACUACGACGUCUUCAACAGCUGUGAGGCUUUCAAGUGCAACAUCGAGGGGUGGCAUACCGAAAGUGGACCGGGAGUCUACGAAGCAGCGCUCGAGUUUGGUGAGGCAGCGCAGAUGGCAGAUCGCGCGAGUUUGUUCAAGUAUGUGGUCAAGUCGGUCGCGACUAAGUACGACAUCACCCCAUGCUUCAUGGCAAAACCCAAGCAAGGCCUGCCCGGAAACAGUGGGCACAUGCAUAUUUCGCUCGUCAACCACCGCGGGGAAAAUUUGCUGUUCCGUGGAGGAAAGGACGAGAAGGCUCAGUACUCAGACAUUGAGUCUCUGUCGGACUUGGGAAGACAGUUUUUGGCUGGUAUUCUGGAAGGUCUGCCAGAUGUCAUGCCCAUGGUAGCGCCCACGAUCAACAGUUACAAGCGGUUGGUGGAGAACUUUUGGGCUCCUGUCACGGUGUCAUGGGGCCUUGAGCACAGAGCGGCUUCCAUCCGGCUCAUUGCGCCUCCUACCUGCAAGCCGGCUGCCACGAGAUUCGAGAUUCGGGUUCCUGGCGCAGACGCAAACCCAUACUACGUCAUGGCUGCCAUGCUGGCGCUCGGCUGGCGCGGUAUCGAGAAGAAACUGGAGAUUCCGUGCCCUCCGCUUGGAAAGGGCGAGGAAGUCGGCGGUGAGUCGGAUAUGGGGGUGAGACUGGCCAAGAACCUCAGGGAGGCCAAUGACCGAUUCACUCGCACCGGCAGCAUCGCGAGGGAGGUGUUUGGUGACGAGUUUGUGGACCACUUUGGUGGUACAAGAGAGCACGAGAUAAGACUGUGGGAUGAGGCUGUUACCGAUUGGGAGAUGAAGCGUUAUAUCGAGACUGUGUGA